AUGGUGGGAGAGCAACACCGUACGUUCGUCCUCUACGCGGUAUGCACUGGUGUGCUUCUUGCUCAAGGAAGUCAAGGUGCCAUGAAGUAUUUGCUUAUUGAAAUGUUUUAAUAAUAUGCUUUUGAAUGCUGAUUUUUGACGGUUAUUUUCUACGGUAAAAUUCAUGAAAGAUUCAUUUCAAGAAAGAACGCGGGAAUCGGGGCUGGGGCGCGCAAGGAAAGCGCAAGAUACUGAACCAUGUUCAAGGCCAUUGCGUAGAAGGCGUUUUGAAAUUAUUAAAAAAAUAUUUCAGCCACCGUAAAUAGCCCAGAAGCAACGGGAGCUUACUUUUACUAAGACACUUUUCUUCUCUUAUAGCAAUCAGUUUCAAAGCUGGAAAAACCAACAUCACUGUCGAAAGUCCAGGGUUGUUCGCUUGUGAGACAAUCACAUUUGCUGAAUCGUUCUCUGGUGGAAAGCAAGUAAAAGUCUUUGCUUCCUUUGGUCACUCAGUUAACAACCAGGCCCGUGGUAAUGGAGCUGCUAUUUGGGUGGAAUCGGCAGAUAGAACUCAAUUCCGCGCUUGUAUCUACGAGUACAGCGACGGCUCAAAUUCAACCGCUGAGAUAAACUGGAUUGCCCUACAAUCUGCUCCCAAAGGAGUACAACUAGGAACCACUUCCCUGGACUCUUGGACUACCAGAACAGAAUGUAAAAAGAUCGACUUUCCUCAGGUACGUUCCAUUUUGCUAUGAUUACCUACAAGCUAGGUUCCCAUGGGGGAUUAACCUAAAAAAGGCAGAAACUGGUGAGUUAUGUAAGUUAUAGUUAAAGGAUGUAACUCACGACCGCAAAUGCGAUUCCUCUAAAGGAACUUAACCAGCUGUUCAAUCAAUAAAUUUAGACAGAAAAUUGACGUCACUUAAGUUUCAAGUUCAAUUACCUGUAUACAUUUGUAAGGCUAUUAUUCAUGAUUUAACAGGAAAUGACGAUAAAAGUCUAAAAGGUGAAUCGUUAAUUUGUUUUAAUUUCAGAACGAUUAAUGAAACAGCGUACUUUGUACUGUGAUCUUUUUUUGUUGCGCGGCUCUCCCUCUUUGUUUUCCUGUAUUUUGUUUUGCUGUUUUUUUGUUUUGUUUUUUGGAAUGCGCAGUAUUAUGACUAAGACAGAUGUCCGUGACUCCUUGACCCACACUAGCCCACUCUUAUUAUCACCUAUCCCCAUUCCCCGACCUCAAACCCUCUCACUCUUUCGGCAUCCGUUGAUUAUUACACUCUCAGAUAUGAGAGUCGAAAAGCAAUAAAAGAUUGGCAUUAGUCAGGCUUACGCUCCCCACCGUAAAUCUAUUUAGAGAAUCUUUCAUGAAAUAUAAUCAUUAAAGACAGUACACAAACUGAAAUUAAAUUAUUUAGGAAAGAUAUUAGAAGAUAUAACUUGUAUUUUUGGCCAAAUUUGUUUUGUAAUUUAAAUAACUUUACACAAAGUAAUUAUAUUUUACGAUAGCUGGUACUGUUUGUAAAAUAUUUUUGUCCUUUUGUCACGCCUUCAAUCUGAGUGUCUCCUUCCAAAAGAAGUUUUUUUUGUAUGUGGGUGAAAGUCCGUGUAAUAUUAUGAAUCGCGCGUAAAUAAAUCAGAAAGAUUCUUUUUGUUGUUGUUGCAGCUGCUGCUGUUGUUGUUGUACAGAGAUGAAGCACUGUUUACUAGAUUGCUCGAAUUAACUUAAGUCACGGUCCCUGAUUAUAAUUUUUAGUGUUUACACCAUGAUGAAUGAGUUGUAAAUUUCCUUUGUUUUUUUGUUGUUUUUUUUUUCAGGGUAUUUAACUCAUUCAUCUUUUUUUUUUCCUUAUUUAAAGCGUUUUGCGACUCCUCCAAUUGUACUAGCGACUCCUAGUCACCAGUUUCCUGAGAGACCUCAAGACGCCAUGGCAGCGUGGGUGGAGGAGUUGACUGAAGACAGUUUUAAAAUCUGUCUUAGGGAAGUAAAAAUUUUCGACGGACUUCACAAAGGGAUUACUAUUGUAAGCAGAGAUAAAAUACUUUUUUAAAGACCUGUAUCCAAUUUGCAUCGACUUUUCUUGGUUACACAUAUAUUGUAUUGUAUACAAAAUUUACCAGAAUACUUACAAAUAAAUAGUCGAACUAACCAUACAUUUUUAGUUUUGAAAUAUCAUUCCUCGCAGUUAUUCCUUUAUUAGUGCCUAAACUACAUUAAAAAAAAGACAAAUAUAUGUAUAAAAUACCUACAGUUAUAAGAAAGUAAUUGAUCCUUUUAGAACCCCCCUUAAGACAUUUGGUGAAAAAGUAAACAAAAACCAAAUUAAAAGAAACAAAACUGUCAGUGCAGUCAAAUCUCUGUUACCAUGUGUACAUGAAUAAAGAUACUCAAAUUAAAUCUUACCAGAGGGUUUUAUAAAAUGAUAUACUUAGGUUAUCAGCUCAGUACUCUUUUUGUUAACUUAUAAUCAGGUUCCUAUUUGAGUAAAACUUCUAUAGGGACUGGUCUAAUCCCUUGGAUAACUCA